GUGCUCUGUUGCUCAAGCGGGCUCAGGAGGCGGGGCCGCAGCCGGCGGCUGCUCGGAGCUGAGGGCGGCGGGGGGCCGGCGCCGCGGAACAGCGAAGCCGCUGAGAGAAAUCGAGCGGCGGGGAUCCCUCCGGGCCUCCGGCACCGUCCCUACGAAGCAAGGUGGCGGCUGCCGCGAACUCUCGGCCUUGACGGAGGGGGCGGAGUCCGCCUGGGGCCGCCUUUGUUAUUCAUGCGCGGCGCGAGGCAUGGUCCCUGCUCCAUGAACAUCGGUCUGCCACCGGCCAAGAGACGCUUGUUUGACGAGAUGAGAAAAUAAAGGACCUGUAUUUCAUCCGUUAAAUUCCUGCACAUUCUGGGCAAACCUUGACGGGAGUCACAUCAAGAAGAAGAAGAAGAAGAAAAAGCCAUUACUUUCGUUGAAAGCCCUUAUUUAUAAAAAGAGGAUUUCGCCACCCACCCCACCCCCAGCCAAAGGAAAAUGGGCAACGUGGAAAGCAACAGCUCUUACCAGAAACAUCUCUCCAGGUUUCUUCCUGAUGAGCUCGCUGACGUCAACAGCGUUUUUAGCACCUUAUCUGGAGCGGACGAGGCCGUGGCUGUGAAAGUGGGGAAAAAGGCCCAGACUGGGGUGACCCUUGAAGCACUCAAGGCCUACGUCAAGGAUGCCCUGCCUCCAUCAAUGGUUACGAGACUGUACAAUGGGAUGAGAAGCAUUCAGGAGACCCGCAGUUCCCCCGAGCCCAUCCCCUGGGUGCCGAAGGAGCAGUUCGUGAUCUUCGCCUCCACCCUCUUCAAGGGCAACGCCCAGGAAAAAAGUGGAAUUGUCCUGAAGAUGGUCUCGGGUGCUCAGAAGGCUGUCAAGGGUAGCCAGAUCCUAGAGUUUGCAGGGGAUUUGAUCAGCUCCGUGGUUCACGUGCUCAGCUACAGGAAGCUGCUGAAAGGGUGGAAUCCAAAGAAGCUGAAUAAUUCAGUCGCAAGGAUCAAAGCGUUGGCUACUCAGCUUACCUCGGAACUGAAAUCUGCAGAGGGGAAGAACAUGGAGGGAGACUCUGUCCUGGAUGCUGUGUGCGACCAAAACAGCCUGGAAGAUUGGCUCUUCCGUGUCCCGCAGAUCUCCACCUUCCUCAAGGUGGUGCUUCAACAGGGCCUGCUCCUCCUGCAACCUCUCUCUGACGAAGCCGAUGAGACUCUCCGCCUGCUGCCGGAAUGUAGAGGCUUGCAAGGGAUGGCCUUCGUCAGCUUACUCGACCUCCCCUCCAUCACCUACCUCAACGCCCACCUGCCUUCUGAACUUCGGGAUAAGUGGCAGCUGCUCUUCGCCUCCAGGAUUCACGGUGAGAGCUUUACCCAGCUGUGCGGACACGUUGUCAACAAAGGGCCCUGCGUCCUGGUCCUGAAGGACGCCGAUGGCUACAUCUUCGGCGGGUUUUCCUCCUGUUCCUGGGAGGUGAAGCCCCAGUUUCAAGGGAACAACUCAUGUUUUUUGUUCUCCAUUUCUCCCUCGCUGGCGGUAUUCACCUGCAGUGGCUACAAUAACCACUAUAUGUACCUCAAUCACGGGCAGCAGACCAUGCCAAACGGACUUGGUAUGGGAGGUCAACACGAAUACUUUGGCCUCUGGGUGGACAGUAACUUUGGGCAAGGCCACAGCAAAGCCAAGCCUCGGUGCACCACGUACAACAGCCCUCAGCUCUCGGCCAAGGAGAACUUCCUGCUGGAUUCCAUGGAGGUGUGGGCUGUGGGAGACCUCCGUGAAGCCAAAAAUGGAAAAGGCCAGAAGAGCAUUUUAGACGCCGACCCAGAGGCCCAAGCCUUGCUAGAGAUGAUGGGGAAAAGCCGCCAGAGUGAUGGGUUUCGGAAACCACCUGAUGAUGAAGAAGACGACAACUGAGACCUCAUCUUGGAAACUGUUUCCUCCCCCCUCACCCAAGUCCGAGCAGGAUUUGGCUGGAACACCUUCCAAGCUUUCUAUUUUCCACAUGUCAGUGGCCAUUGUUGCCCAGUCUCUUUAAGCGUGAUGAGGUUCGGUUAAAUAACAAUUGGUGUCUUUACGAACUUUGGACGUAUUAUCUGCAGGGUUAUUUUUCACACACACACACACACACCCAGGGAUUGGGUGUGUAUUGUUCUAAAUUCAGGACCUUCUUCUUUUCACAUUAUUCACAUUUAUCUUGGGUGCAAGGCCGCCUCAGGGGACUUCCAGAUUUCUGGUGGAAAAGUAUUCCUUUGGAGCAGGGGUCUCCAACCUUGGCAACUUUAAGCCUGGAGGACUUCAACUCCCAGAAUUCCCCAGCCAGCUUUGCAGAAUUCCCCAGCCAGCUUUGCAGAUUUCUGGUGGAAAAGUAUUCCUUUGGAGCAGGGGUCUCCAACCUUGGCAACUUUAAGCCUGGAGGACUUCAACUCCCAGAAUUCCCCAGCCAGCUUUGCAGAAUUCCCCAGCCAGCUUUGCAGAUUUCUGGUGGAAAAGUAUUCCUUUGGAGCAGGGGUCUCCAACCUUGGCAACUUUAAGCCUGGAGGACUUCAACUCCCAGAAUUCCCCAGCCAGCUUUGCUGGCUGGGGGAUUCUGAGAGUUGAAGUCCUCCAGGCUUAAAGUUGCCAAGGUUGGAGAGCCCUGUUUUGGAGGGACCCUAGUUCACUCACAAGAGUUGUCCGAACUCAACGUCUUCCAUGCAAAUCGAUUUGUAUUUUGUCAGGGAAAUCGAAAUGCUCCAUAAAAAAUGUAUUUGUGGGGGGGGGGGUCUGUUGAGGUGCCAUAUACAGAAAUCAGGAUUUCGUAUCUGAAUGAAUCGCACCAAUAUAAAUGAUUGGAUCUGG